AUGGAGAUCGGAAAACGAUGGGCCGAGGUGACGGUGGGCCAGCGUGUCUUUGUUCAUCUGCCGUCAAUCGGUCUGCCGCAGCGACAGCGCUCUCGAGCUCAGGACAAGCGUGUAAUGCUGCAAAUGGAGGCCCGACAGUUUGGCCGAAUCUGUGAACUGCGAGAAUCGGUUUGGCUUGAAACCUCUGCACAGGUUUCGAGUCAAACGGCCAGCUCGAAGCAUGCAACAUGUUGA